AUGAGUAACAACUUAUUUAGUGAAUAUCCAUCCUUGUUUUUAACAGAAAAAAGGAAUCUUCAACGAGUGUUUUUACAAAAUAAUCAAUUAACAUCAUUAAAUCUUGCAUCAAUUGUACUUGUUUUCGUAUCUAUCGAUUUAUCUAAUAAUCAAAUAUCAAAAAUAACAAAUAAUGCUAAUAUUAAUAUCUCAACAUACAAUUAUUCACUUGGUGCGACUAUUGAUGUAACAAAUAAUAGUGAAAUAAUCGACUUCACAGAUGCUAUUUAUGAAAUGUAUGGUGCUUGUUAUGAAAUUCAACAAAUAUAUAAUACAAUUAAUUUCACAAAUACCAUACCACAUCUUUGUAAUAUAAGUCCAAACAAUGGUAAUAUAAUAUUAGUUAAUACAACUGAUAAUAUCACUAAAAUAUAUCGAUAUUAUCUAACUCAAACUGUGAAUAAUAGUUAUUGUCUGUUUACAUUUUAUGUUGGUGGACGGCGAGUUUCUAUUGAUUGUAUCAAUGAAUCAAGUACGCUUACUGAAAUUUCAUCAUUAUGUUCAUUACCAUCAAAUUCUAUCGAUCUUUCGAAUCAAUCAUUUUGGAUAUUAAAUAGUAAUACAUUUCCUUGUUCAUCAAAUAAUACCGUUCAAAAUAUCAAUCUUGCCUAUAAUCAAAUUAAUACUGUCACUUUGACAUUAUCCAAUUGGAUAUUGAUUGAUCUUACAUCAAAUAAUCUACCACAAUUACCAUAUACUCUCUUACGUUCAAAUCAAAAUGCAAUCUCAAAAAAUAAUCCAUUUUCAAAAACGAUUAAUGGUUAUCAUAUUAUUAAUAAUUAUGAGAAAAAGUCUUUACUUAAUGGACCAGUUUCAACAAAUAUUAUUCGAUCAAAUCAAAUGCGUUUUCUUCUUAAUGAUCAAAUAGCGCAAAAUUAUAAUGCAUGUAAAAGUAAAUCAUUAAAUUACCUUAUUGAUAUAUUUGAACGUAUAAAAAAUAGUAAUAGUUCAAAUUCUUCUCCUUCUAAUGAUCUUAAUGCAAAGGAUAACGGUCGAGUUUUAGCUAUAGUUCUUGGUUCUGUUCUUGGUUCUGUAGUAUCACAGUUAUCAAAAGUUCGAGAUACGGCUGAUACUCGUCUUGAAGAACGUGUACAAACAAGAAAUAUUCGUCAACCAUAUAAUUUAUCGUCAAUUGAUAAUAGAACUACAUCUCAAUUAGCAAAUAUUCAUGAUACAAGAGAUUAUUCACGAAUGCAAACAUUACAUAGACCAGCAACUCGAAAUAGAUCAUCAUAUUAUGUCACUUCAAUCGAUUUAUGUCAAGUGGGCGAUAAUCGUCGAAAACGACGACCAAAAGAACCUCCAAUUGAUUAUGAUAUAACUUAA